CAGCAGUGAAGGAGUGGCGUGCAUGGUGCAGCUGGCAGGGAUAUGAGGGUCCAAGGUCCAGGAGUGCUGCCGCCACAUAGGUGACUCUCUCCACCCAACGGUCGCGAGGUAAGGAAUGCCAGCUGCCUGAGAAGUUGUGAGAAGCUGAGAGAUGGAUGAAGGGAGGAGUUCUAUUCUCUCCUUUAAUAACAAAGUCCCGCCUUGCAAGUUUUUGAGCGGCUCUUUUCCUAUUCAGAGCAUCCCCAGCCAAACUAAUGCCCUCUCCUACCCUGACGUCAAAGAACAGAUCACAGGCAAGAUUAGGGUUUUUCAUUUCUCUUAUUGCAGCAAUUAGCCUGGGACUGUAUAAAAGGGCUACAGAAAGGGGAGGGAGCCAGAGGGGAAACCUGGGGACAAUAAGAGAUAGCUGAGAGACACAGGCGGAGAGGCAGAGGGAGCCAGAGGUAGUAUGGGGAGAAAGCGCCUUUUAGAUUCUUCCAGCUAAAAAAAAAAAAAAAUCCACCUGGUUCUUCAAACUUCAGAAACUUUUUUCUUUCGAUAAUUCCCAAGCAAUGAGAGGAAGCAGCUGAAGCUGAGCAGCCGCUGCCUGGCGCUCCCCUGUAAGUACAGCAGUAGUGCAGACACCUGUUUAGCACAGUCCAACUUCCCAGUGCAAACAUUUCAUUCAUAGUAAAAGGCAUCAAUUAAAAGCUCAUCAGCCGGCUCUUGCCCCCCCUGCACGGCUGAAUGAAGAAGGCAGAUAGAAAGGGGCAUCUUUAAGGGCAGAGCCAUGGGUCUGCUGAGUGUGGACCUGCUGAUCACCCUGCAGAUCCUGCCUGGGUUCGUGUCUAACUGCCUGUUCUUGGCUCUCUACGACUCUGUUGUGUUGGUAAAACACGUGCUCCUGCAACUGAACCGCUCCAAAUCCAACCAGAGUCAAUGGCGUCGGAUGCUCACCCCAGAAGGUCUGCGCUGCGUCUGGAACAGCUUCCUAUUGGAUGCCUACAAGCAGGUAAAAUUAGGCGGAGACGCACCAAACUCCAAUGUUAUCCAUGUGUCCAGCAAGAAAACAAGUAGCAUGCCAGCUAAACUCGGGACACCAUGUAACCUUCUUGACUUUGCCAGCUCCGAGCGCCCUCUGGUUGUCAAUUUUGGUUCUGCCACCUGACCCCCCUUUAUAAGCCAGCUGCCAGCCUUCAGCAAGCUGGUGGAGGAGUUCUCCAAUGUAGCCGACUUCCUCUUGGUCUACAUUGAUGAGGCUCAUCCCUCAGAUGGCUGGGCUGCUGCUCCUGGUGUGGGUUCAUAUGAAGUAAAAAAACACAGAAACCAAGAAGAUCGAUGUGCUGCAGCUAACAAACUCAUGGAAGAAUACUCCCUCCCCCAACAGUGCCAGGUGGUUGCAGACUGCAUGGACAAUAAUGCCAACGUAGCCUACGGUGUCUCCUUUGAAAGGGUAUGCAUUGUACAAAGGCAAAAAAUUGUAUACCUCGGAGGUAAAGGACCUUUCUUCUAUAAACUCCAAGAAGUGAGGUGGUGGCUGGAGCAGACAUUUGGAAACAGAGGCUGAAUGGAUAAAAGGACCCGGCUGGGCCUGGAGAAACCACUCCAAAGGACGAGCAAGCGUAUCAUCCUCGUGGAACACUUGUUGACACUAAAAUACAGACUUUGAAAACGACCACACUACAAAGUUCACAAUCCAGAUGCCUGAUCUUAUCCUCACUGUGACCCGAAUCUCUGGCAGACCUCAAACCGCUGUUCCCUCUUGCUCUACAACAAUACACAACAGUAUAGGCAGAACAUAGGAAGAUGAGGGUGUGGUGAAAGCAAGAAGGGAAAGUCAGAAAUCAAACAAAGCCCACAUCUGACAGCUGCUGUAGAGCCGGCUUGCUCUUCCAUGUUCCUGGGAAAAUUUUGCAAAGAAAUGCCGUCAGGGAAGACUAGGGAGAAGCAGCACAGCACCUCCAAUCGAGUAUUUAUUACCGAGAUUCCAGUGUUUCACUCGGCAGGUGUAGCUCAUUUUAGUUAUUUUUUUUUCUUUUCUUAACAUAAUUUAUUGCGUUAUCAUGAGUCGGCGGUAUCCACAAAUGACACAGUUACCUCAACAAGGGGACAGCUGCAUGGAAACGGAUGUAGCAAUCAUCUGCACGUUCCAUACUGCUGGUUCUUCAUGUUAUCUUGGAGGAGGGUGGGAGCCUUAAUAAUUGUUAAUAUGUGGAACCUGUAGGCACAGAAGCAUAAAUAUGCCUCCUAUGUGCUCUGAUCCCCACAAGAUGACAUUUCCAGCACCAAUUAGGCAAGGUUUUGACAGGUGACGUGGAGAAUGAAGACUAACACUUCACUAAUGGCCUGCGUCUGGUCCUGCGGGCUCACACCGCACAUGGGGCUCCGAGGACCUCAAAGGCCUGGCUCACACAUCAGACCAAAACACACUAGUUUACUGAUCAAUGGCCAAACUACAUUCUGUCACAUCCUAAAACAACACCCAUCGCCACCUUUUCAUGCUUCCUUUACAGGGUCAUUGAAACUCCACAGUAACGGACCCGCAUUGCUGCUGCAUUGAAGGAUUUCUCUAGUCCAAUAAUUCAUUAUUUUUACCUGUACCCAGACGCCACAUAUUUUGCUGCAUAUCCCUGCUUUUCAUGCCAUCACUGCAUCCUAGCAGAACUACCGGUUUGCUAACCAAAUCCAUCAUACUUUGCUGUGUAAGCUCCAGAGGACUUGCUCCACCUAGCUACAAGGCAGCGGAGGCGUAGAGGGCGAGACAUUGUGGCAGGUGAAGCAAGCCCUGAGGAACAGUACAGAGCAGAGCAUGCUGGGAUUGGUAAGAAAACCCAACCAGCAGGAAGUUCUGCAUGUAAACAUCCUGCCAGGAUGGAGUGAUGGCGAGAACAGGGGAAGGACAAUGAUAUGAAAAACAGGCAAAAUAUGCAGCGUCUCCGAGGAGAGAAAAAAUAUUCUGGGACUAAAGAACUUCUAUACGCAGAUUUUGAAAGUUUUUCUGUUUUAUGUUUUAUCACGGCUGGAUGUGCCACUUAUUGUGUAUGCAAGUGAUACUGAGCUCAUGGAGCUGGAGGUAGGAAUGUAAUAUCACACUUCUCCAGCCACUCCUUGCAUAUUUGCUGGGUUGUGGCCAAAUCUCCACCGGUCCCCAUUAUAGUGAAUGGGGCUGGAAGGCCAGUAUUCACGGAUCCGGGUGAGGAACAGCCUGCAGGAUCUGCUUAACACAAAUGUGAAACAAGCCUUAAAGAGACUACAGGCAGUUACUAUUAUCCAAAUCCUGCAGUGAAUAAGGAGGCAUUCACACAAGGUAGAUUUUCUUGCAGAAAUUUUCUACUGAAAAUAACUUCCAUUCAUCUGAAUGGGGUUGCUUUGGUGGGAAGCCCAUGGAUUUCUACAAGCCCCAUUCAGGUGAACAGAAUACCGUGUGUGAAGACGUCCUAAUAGAACCUGCAAGAAGAUGGCCCAAUACUGGACCAUCACAGAACAGAGUGGGGCUUCACUAGUACCAAGAACAAGCAGAUAUCUUACCCAUAGGAACCGCAGCUCACAGGGAGGCUGUACCACUAAUUAUAAUCACAUACUAAGAAAUAAGCUGAUGCCGAUAUACUAAGGCAUUUCAAACACCAGUCUUCGUAUAAAGGCUGUCGGAGAAGAAAGCGACAAAAAUUGAAUGGCUUAAAUGAUAGUAAACACGUCAGGCCCCAGGAGGCCACCCCCCCUCCCUCUAAGCCCAGAAUGCACCAUAAUUGAUGACAUUUUAACGCCACAGUGGUGGGGUAAACACCUGGAUAAAUGCCCCUCAGCAGGGUGUAUUUUAAUAUUUGGUGGCAUCUAUUUAGGGAUAUUAUGGGCCUCAGUUUGUAAAGACACUAUUAACGGGGUGUUUCAACAUAGAGUCCAACAGGGGGAAUUCUACACAAGGAAGAGGGGACAUAUAUUGGAUGUACUUAGCCUUUAAGGUGGUUGGAUGCAGUCACUUUUUUAUAUAUUUAGCUGUAAUAACAGGAUGAGCAGUAAAUAUAUACCAAACGCUCAUGUGUCAUCCAAUUCUACAAUAAAGUAUAUUGCGGUAGACAAGAAAAAAGUUCUAAAACCAGAAAGAUCUUCAAUAGGAAUUAAAUGGAAAUGACACAAGGCCUCUGCAGACCCCCAUUACUGUAAAGCUGCUCCUGGGUGACCGAGGGGCACAGGAUUCAAACCGAAGAAGAAGGAUAAGAAGGGUAUGUAAGGGCAUGCCUCCUGGCCAUAACCUCAGUAAAUCUGUGUAAAAGGAGCCCGAUCAGGGAGUGGAGGGCACAGUAACCCCCACAAGCCAUUCAGAUGAUAUUAAAUCCUUCUAGUUUGAGAGCAUCAUCAUGAAUACCUCAUCAAUGCAUGCAAGAGGAGUGGUGUGGACAGAAGACGGCGAGUGCGGUGGGUCACAGAAGGGGUGACCUGCCAGGUCCGCAGCCCUGCAAUGCUCUCCCCAUGUUUGCAGAUAAUUGGCAGACAAAGGCCUCUGCUCUCCCUCCUUCCAGACAGAAUAUGAAGGUGCAUGUAGGACUGAUCGCCUCACGCUGCCUCAUUCUAUGAUGUGACUGCUGCAGAUCGUGCAUUUACUGUACAUGACCCUCAGUGCAUACGGUUUCCAUCCAGGGAUAUCGCACUUGUGCCUUCUUGCAUGCCGCCUGGUGAUACACGCCAUUGCUUACAUGCUGUACUAUAUAUAUUGCAUUGAUAUUCUGUUGUACUGUAGCAUAACGACAUGUCGGCUCCUGAUUGACGCUUCCUCUAAUGUUUCCCAUCACACCAGGGAUUUCAUUCCACACCCGUGGACGGCGGGGUCACCGGCCAGCAUGUGGCAAAUAUGAAAACCUGUUUUAUAUGUGCAGGACUGGUGGGAAACAAUUCUCUUGUGUGCCUGGAAUCAAGGGGCAUGUUCACAUGGAUGUAUUUUCUUACUUACAUUUUUAUACAACUUUUAGAUGUCACUUGAACCUUUUAUGCUGUGAUCACCAAAAGUGUCUUGAUAUUUGGCAACCAGUGAGGUCAGUGCUACGUCACUGCUCAUUUCUUCUCCUUAUGCUGAUGUUUUUCUAUUUGACCUAUGUGUAUUUUAUAUCUUUUUUUUAAAAUAAUUAUCCAAUUUCAUUAUUUUGCUCUGUGCAGUACCACAUAAUCUUGUUUCAUAUAAUGCACCAGCAAUUGGCCACUGGCACACGGCUCUGUGCCCUGCAUGGAUCUCAUCCUGUGCCAGCCUACAUGUUACCCAUCAACGUACACAGGGAAAUAGACCAUGAGUGACAAGCCAAAGGUGACCUGCGAGGUGACACAGGAACACCAGGCAGAGGAUCCUGCUGGCUAGAGAGGCCAUGAUGUGGGUAUGAAGGGAACCAUUGAAAGAGACCAGCUCUCUGUUGGUGCCUGGAUGGAGUCACAUCAUUGCUGACCUGGCAGGUGUUUUUGUCCUCCCUUUCAGACCCGGUGGCUUCUUCACUCAUCUUCUCCACAACUAAAGACUACCAGAACCCAAACGCUUCACAAUAUGGUGCUUCAGUUAGCCAAUGUUUUACUUGUAUUUUAAUUAAAAAAAAUAUUUAAAAAAAAGGAAAAGUCCAUGAGUUGUUU